AUGAUCUCAAAUAGAAUAAUACCAAGAAUUUUGAGAAAUUUCUCUUCUGUCAAAGAAGCCAACAAAUGUAUUCACAACAUAAAUCUAUCAUCAUCUCAUAUAAUCCAUAGGAGGACUUUAGGCCAUCUGAGAACUUUCCACACGGGAACAGAUAAUGCAGGUGUAGUACAGGAGAAAUCGAUGUUAUUAAAACACCCCAAAUCAAUUAAUAAUAUAUUAAGUAUUAAGAAACCAAGUGCUCCUACAGAAGAUAUUAUUGAUAAUAACUGUGAAACUCCUGAUCAAUCGGCAGAUUUAAUAAAGACAUUAUCGGAACAAUUAAUUGCGGAUACUAAUUCAAAUACUCACAAACCGACUAUGGCAGAAAACGAAGUUGAUACAAUGUGUAUAAAUACACAAUUGCUAGAUAAUGGAUUUUCAGAUUUACAGUCACAAGCAAUAAUGAAAGUAAUGAUGAAUAUAUUAAAUGAUGAAUUUUAUUUGAAUUAUAAUGAGAAAUAUUUAAGAGAUUUUGAAAUUGAUAAACAAUUACACUUAUUCAAUUCAUUACAAAGUGAAAUAAAAUUCAUUAUUGCGAAUUCAAGAGAUUCUCAAUUUAAUUUACAUCAUUUACAAAUAACUAGAUUAAAGAGAGAUUUAAAUUCAGAUUUGGAUGAUCUGAAUGAAGAAGUUAUAGAUAUAUUAGAGAAAGAUAGAAAACUUGAUUUUAAUAAUCAAAAAAUGGAUAAUACCUUAUUGUAUAGAAGAAUAAACAUGAGUUUACGAGACUGUAGCAAUAAGAUAUCUAUAAAUAUCUUAGCGGGGAUUAAGCUAGAUAUUGAAAACUUAAGAUGGCAUACUACUCGAAGUGGAUUAGUUGCAAUUGUUAUAUUAGUCUUUCUAAUUUUAACAGGUGUCAAUGUUUCUAAUAAAAAAUCUAAUAGGGAAGAAGCAGCUAUUGAUCGUGAAUCAAAACAAAUAAUAUUAAAGACUAUAGAUCGAGAAGAUAUUGAUGAGAUCAGUGAUAAUAUAUAA